AUGCUCCUGGAUGCAAAGGCACCACCUAGUGAUCCAUCAAAUCGAACAGUGAAUGCUGAGAUGACCAGAUGUGCGGAGUGCGUCAGAUUAGCGUGGAAACUGAAUGACGUCACGGCGGCUUCGACGACGCACCUAGGCCACGCUACUGAGGAGAGCAGCGGACGUGGACAAAGGUGGCGCCAAGGACGGCGCGCGAAGUUAAGAUUAGGAAGUUUAACAGACACAAAUACUUGUUUGUUGAAGGAGCUGUCCACUCAUGAGCGGAAAUUAAUGUACAGUGAAUAUGUAAAUGAUUGA